UACUCAGACAGUUACGCUCAGAGAUGACUCGAUGUCCCAGAUGGAGCUGAGGAUAUCUUACCUUUACAUACUACUAGCAUCAUUGCAUUCCACGGUGACAUGGCUACCGGCGAGCACGAAAGCGACGUCGUGAUCGUAGGCGCAGGCUGUUUUGGUCUAUCAACAGCUUACCACCUCCUGAAGAGAGGAUAUACCAAAGUGACUGUUCUUGAUCGCUCUCCAGUACUUCCCGCGCCCGAAGCCGCGAGCACAGACAUCAACAAAAUCGUGCGCAGUUCCUACGCCGACAUAUUCUAUUCCAAGUUCACCCGCGAGGCUCUCGUAGAAUGGAAGAACACCAGCGAAUGGGAGCACUGUUACCACGAGUCCGGCGUCCUCGUUCUCCUGACCGGCGAGGGAUCGUACGGGGACCUCGCCUUCGAAAAUGAUCGCGCCCUCGGUGUACGCACCGCGCACCUCCCUGCAGGCUCCACCACUCUCGUCCCAUCAGAUCCGUCCUCACCUCGAUUGUCAUCUGUCGUGCAGAAUCUGCUCAAAGACAAGUCAGGCUACAUCAACCAGGACGCCGGAUGGGUGCAUUCCUCACGCGCAGUGGAGCUACUCUUGGACAAGGUCAAGAAGCUGGGCGGGACUAUCGUUCCGGGAAAGACAGUAGCACGACUUUCCAAAGAUUCAAGCGGGAAGACUGCGGGUGUCAAAUGCGCAGACGGGAGCGAGUACAUAGCAGAAUGCGUCGUACUAGCAGCAGGCGCGUGGACUGCUUCAGCUUUCCCUGAGUUGAAAUUAGAGGAAAGUUGUGUUGCUACUGCGCAGGUAGUGGGAAAGAUCCAGCUUACACCCGAAGAGGGCGAAGCCUACCGCUCUAAUCCGGUCUACCUCGACCUGGACAGCGGAUUCUACAUGUUCCCACCGAACGACGAGAAUAUCGUGAAAUGCGCCAUCCAUGCAGCCGGCUUCACCCACCGACCCGACCCCACGUCCGCCUCCACGCCCGUGUUCCCUAUUUCAUCUUCGCACUCAGACGACAAAGAUACCAGCAAAGGGCACUUCGAGACCGCCGUCCCGAAGGCGGCGCUGGAGGAGCUCAGGACAGGUCUGACCAGCACGUUCCCGGCGCUCGCGAACAAGCCAUGGGCGGGGACGCGGAUGUGCUGGUACACAGACUCAGCGGAUGAGGACUGGGUCAUUGGCUUCCAUCCCCGAGAUGCGGGGGUCGUGUUGGCGACUGCUGGCAGCGGGCAUGCACUCAAGUUCCUUCCUAUCAUCGGACGCUUGAUGGCGGAUGCUAUCGAGGGUAAGAUGCCAGAAGAGCUGGUGAAAAGGUUCGCCUUCGACCGGGCCCAGAACGACGUCCCAGUGAGCAGACCAGGCAAGCAACAACGCAAGCUGAACCUCGACGAUCUCGUCACCACCGACUGAGUCUCGCACGCAAGGAACUAUAGCAGAGGAAUGUAAAUUGCAGCGUGUACAGUACAAAGCAGGGGAUGAUUAGGAAUACAGCUCUACCAGUUGGUACUUUUCGGUACUACGUAGAUGGUCUAUGGUGCUUUUGAUGUUUCAAGAAACCGUCUAUGGUGGAUGAUUAUCAAUGUUCGUGAGAUCAUGCGCGCUUCCCGAC